AUGGCGGCGCCCCGGGCGUUGAGGCGCUGGUGGAGGUUGGCGCUGGGAGGCCGGACGAGCUGGUGUCCCGCUCCGCUGUGCCGAGGACGAGCGCUGCCCAGGCCUCCGCCGGGUCCUGCCUGUGCAGUUGGCUUCCCGCUGCGGUGGGCAUCGUCCUUCUCCCAGCCGGGCCCGACGGAGAGCGACCCCAGCGAGGGACAGGUUUUCCUCAGCGAGAGCUGCGUGAAGAGGCUGCUGGAGAUCACAGACAGCUCAGAGUUUCUCAGGCUGCAGGUGGAAGGAGGUGGCUGCUCUGGAUUCCAGUACAAGUUCUCCUUGGACACAGUUAUCAAUCCUGAUGACAGGGUGUUUGAACAAGGUGGUGCCCGUGUGGUCGUGGAUGUGGACAGCCUGGCCUUCGUGAAAGGUGCCAUGGUGGACUUCAGCCAGGAGCUGAUUCGCAGCUCCUUCCAGGUGGUGAGCAACCCCCAGGCAGAGAAGGGUUGCUCCUGUGGGACUUCCUUCUCUGUCAAAUUCUGACUGGACUUCCCAUGGUUGGACACUGUCUGAAGACACUUCCUGGCAGUCUUCGGAGGUUUUUUGCUUGUUCUGUUCCCAGCUGCUCCCUCUCAUCUCCCUUACCCUGUAACAUAGCUGUUACACAUGACUCCAGCUGUGUGUGUGUCUGCACUGAGCCUGUCUCCAAGACUUGUUGGCCUUCCUUUCAGAAACAUGAAGUAGCUGUGAGCACGCACACGGGAGCAUUUUCAGCGCCUUGUGAACCACUGGCCAGGUGGUGGUGACUUGCCUACCCUGUCCUGAACGUGGAACCACUUAACUGCUUGUCUCUGCAAGAGAUGGCUGUAUAUAUAUAUGUGUGUGUGUGUGUUUAGUGAAAGUUCUUACUAAAAAAAAGUCUUUGAGAUUGA